AUGAGAAUCUGUUAUAGUGUUCGAUCAUUUACUGUGAUUCUUCACCACUACUAAUUAGCAGUAAGUCACAAGCGUGACGGGUUACCGGGUAAUUUAAGUAUGUCGUGUAAACGUGACGACCUUGUUCGAAAGUAUUUCAAAUAUUUUGAGUUGGGCUCGGAACUCUUUUACAACACGGGCUCGAGCUUCACCUCAAUGAUAACAGCGUAAAAAAAGGUGAAAGCGCGUUGGGAGUUUUACGGAGGGCAAUGUACAAGACAAUAAGCUUUUUCAAUAGAGGAUUGUCAUGGAAGGAACUUGGUAAAAAUGUUGGCAGACUGCACGCUCGAUCUCGAAUUCAAGGACAGACAAAAGCAUGGAUCCGUCCGUUGUCCAUGACGUCCAUAAACCAAGCACAUGCGAACACCUCUCACAACAUUAACGAACGCAAUACUUCAGAUGAUAAUGACAGCGAUCAGCUUCAUGCCAAAUGGAAAGUUUUUGUAGCAUUGAGUGUCGCAGGGGGUUUGCUAUGGCAGAUGCGGAAGAAGAUGCUCACAGUAGAGGCUGCACAAAUAGAGACAGCAGGUGCUCUAAAGAAAGGAUUGCCUAUUUACACACUGGCUGAAGUCGCUAAACACGAUAACAAAGAAAAACGGAUUUGGGUUACAUACAAAAAUGGUGUCUAUGACAUCACAGAUUAUGUGUCAAACCAUCCUGGAGGAUCUAGGAUUCUACUGGCUGCUGGUUCCUCUCUGGAGCCCUACUGGAAUAUGUAUGCAGCCCACAAGAAAGACGAGAUCUAUGAGAUGCUGGAGGAAUUGAGAAUUGGCAACAUAACAGAAAAACCAAAGGAGGAAAAAAUGGACAGCAAGGAUCCAUAUGCUAAUGAGCCAAAACGACACUUGGCUUUAAAGCCAAGUUCUAAGAAGCCAUUCAAUGCUGAGCCUCCCCUUUCACUCCUGAGGUACAGUUUUAUCACACCAAAUGAUUUAUUCUUUGUUAGGAACCAUCUCCCUGUACCAGAUAUUGAUCCACAGAAGUACCAGCUGACAAUAUCUAAUGUUGGAUCAAAGAAGUCUGUUAAUCUUAGUCUGAAUCAAUUGAAAAGAAACUUCAAGAAAACACCUGUAGCCUCUAUUGUUCAAUGUGCAGGGAAUCGCAGAAGUGAAAUGGUGAACAUUAAGCCUGUCAAAGGUCUUAACUGGGGAGCUGCUGCUAUUAGCAAUGCCAAUUGGGCAGGUGCUUGUCUUGAUGAUGUCUUGAAAAAAGCUGGUAUAGACAUUGAGACAGUGAAUGCUAAGCAUAUAAUAUUUGACGGGGCUGAUGCUGACCCCACAGGGGCAAAUUAUGGGGCAUCUAUUCCUAUUGAUAUGGCCAGAAGACUGAAGAAAGAUAUCAUCAUUGCUUAUGAGAUGAAUGGUGAGGACAUUCCACGAGAUCAUGGAUUUCCGGUCCGUGUUAUUAUUCCAGGGGUGGUGGGAGCCAGGCAGGUGAAGUGGUUGUGCAAAAUUACAUUAAGUGAAGAGGAAAGCACCUGUCACUGGCAGCAGAGAGAUUACAAAGGGUUCCAUUCUUCCAUUGACUGGCAUAAUGUAGAUUUCAGCACUGUCCCUGCAAUCCAAGAAUUGCCUGUUCAGUCUGUCAUCUGUGAACCUGAUGCGGGCUCCGUCCUGGAGGACAAUGAAGAGGUCACUGUCAAAGGUUAUGCAUGGAGUGGUGGUGGGCGUGGUAUCGUGAGGGUGGACUUGUCAACUGACGGAGGGAAGACUUGGCACUCUGCAGAGUUAUCUCCUCCUGAGCAACCUCUGUACAAGACGUACGCGUGGACCUUCUGGGAGGGGACGAUUCCUCUACCCAAAAACCACAAGGGGGAGGUGGAGAUCAUUUGUAAGGCAGUGGAUUCCUCUUACAAUGUCCAGCCAGACAAUGUAGAGGGGAUCUGGAAUUUGAGGGGGGUGUUGAGUAAUGCCUGGCAUAGGGUUAAUGUUAAAGUACCAAAGUCCUAAAACAAUCCUGUAAUGUUUGUUAAUGAGGUCUGUUAAUUUGUUGAUGAGUCGUAAAAUGAUUAGUAAAAUACAUUGUUGAAGAAACUGAUUGUGGAAAGGUUUGAUUCAUUAAGUUCAUUGUUAAAAACAAAUGUUCAGUGACAGAGAAGAGCAAGAGGAUGUGAGAGUUGUGAAAAUAUUUUCUGUAGCAUAAUAUAUUACAGUAUAAUGAGUUGUAACAUAGUCAGAUAAUGUAAAACAGAAGUAAUGAUAUACUUUGGAAUGUAGGGUUAUGCUAGUAUGAUCGUCAGUGUCUUGUGUAUUGUGAAGCUUUCUCCGUUACCUGUUGUGUGUGAAAGCUGUAAAUCAGACGAAGAUAAGACAGGUGCUCAUUAAUUUGCAGGUAAGAAAUUUCACUACAUGACAGUGUGCCUAUUAAUCAUGCAUGUUUAUUAUUUUUUCCCUUUUUUUGUGAUGAAUGUAAUUUUUGAAAAGUGGUUUAUAGGGUUUAAUUAUUCAUUGUUGUGGAAAUAAUAUCAAGCUUGAGAUAUGUGUCCAAAAUGUUUCAGUGAGUUUAAGACUUAUAUCAACAAAGAGUAUAGAUAAAUAUGUACACACUGAUGUUUGUUUUAAAUGAUUUUUUUGCCGAGGUAUUUUAAAAAUGUUUAUUAGUUUACUAUGUAAAUGUUUAUUAAUAUAUCUUAAUGUUUAUUAGCAUAUAUAUAUACGUGAAUGAUUAUUUUCCUUUUACUGCCAUAUUUAACAUGUGGACGGUGUAUAUUUUUGAAUGCCAUUUGUGACUUUUGACUGCUUCAAUAAAUUAUAUACACAUUCUC